AUGUGUUGCUUAAAUGGGGAAAACUGCAGAGAACAUUGAACUAAAAAGCGAUCGAUAAUUUGCAGAUUUAAAUAUUUACGAAAACUGAACAGUUUAUUGUGUAAAACUAUGAAGGCUAAUUGUUUAUAUUUGCGUAAAAUUUGUGUAUGAGUUAUAUAGGUUUUUGUUGUGCGAACUAUGUCAUAGUUAUCGAUAUUGAAUUAGUUUUGAAGAAGCUGGUACGAAAAGAAAAAGUUAUUAUUGGCUAAUUGACAUAAAAUAAUAAUGCACUUUGACUUUAGUUUAAAAUGUAAGUAAUAACAUUUCGUAUGAAGGCGUUCGUUUCUGCGUUGUGUUUCAAAUUACCGCAGGUGUUUAUGGAGCUAAUUUGUUAAGAUUUAAAAUGGAGUCUUCUAAUAUAAUAAACUUGUUUCCUGGACAAAAUAAAUGAAACAAUAAUAUAAACAGGAGCCAAAUUUACACACCUUGUAUAUUACUUUGAAAUGGGGGGAGCUAUGGGCAAAAAUGGGGUCAACUUUUUGGAUGCUCUACCUUCACAGGUAACGGGUACAUUACAUAUUGUUAUGCUUGGUCUUGAUUCAGCUGGGAAAACAACGGCACUAUACAGAUUGAAAUUCGAUCAAUAUUUAAAUACAGUACCUACAAUUGGAUUCAAUUGCGAAAAGGUGCAGGGUGUGCUUGGCAAAGCAAAAGGUAUACAAUUUCUUGUAUGGGACGUUGGAGGACAGGAGAAGUUACGACCGCUUUGGCGAAGUUACACACGAUGUACUGACGGCAUUCUCUUUGUAGUCGAUUCCGUUGACGUUGAGCGUAUGGAGGAAGCUAAAAUGGAGCUUAUGCGAACAGCAAAGUGUCCUGAUAAUCAGGGUGUUCCUGUUCUCAUAUUAGCUAAUAAACAAGAUUUACCUGGUGCUCGUAAUGCUAAAGAAUUAGAAACAUUAUUAGGACUACAUGAACUAUUAUAUCCAGUUAUAUAUACACAGAAUAUAAAAUCCAGCUCCUCAUCGACUGGUAAAAUGGUGUGCAGCAGCAGUACUAGUAGUAUGAAUACGUUUGGUAAAAGUAUGACACCUACGUCGCAGCACAAUAAAAUUUUUAGUAACAGCGGUGAGAGUAGUAAUCAACCCACUGAAUCUACAUCAACAGCAGCAGUCGGUGGCAUAAGAAGUGAACAGCAAGAAUAUGAAAUCGGCGAUGGUAUUAGUAAUACUAGUUAUAUAUACACAUCAUUUUUGUCUGCAGCACGCGAUAAAAAUGUGUUGUCAUGUGAAUCUUCACCACCUUCGGUAGUGACAACACCUACUGCCACAACUAUCAAUACGCUGUACCCGCCCAAAAGGACGAACAAAGCAAUCGGCUAUUCAGCAGCAACACACCAAUUUAAAGGUUGGUACAUUCAACCAGCCUGUGCCAUAACUGGAGAAGGCUUGCAAGAAGGUCUUGAAGUGCUGUACGAAAUGAUUUUGAAACGGAGAAAACUCAACAAAAUCUUCAAGAAGAAACGGUAAUACAUUUGUAAAUAUAUACUUAAGGUAUUGCUUGUAUCUUAAGCAUUCAAAAGCCCAGUUAAAGAUUUGGAAUUUUAAACCGAUAAGGUAUAUGUACAUAUUGAGAAAUAUUAAAUCUGUUAUACAUAAACACCAAAUUGUAUAUUCAAUGCUUUCAAUAGCGUCUUCAAUAUUGUUUGCUAUGCUGAAUUAGUUUUUGAAUUAAUUAAUACUAGUGUAUUUUGAUUAAGUAGCAAAUAUAACGUAAAAAGUGUUUGUAUAAAUAUUGUUCUUAAUUUGAUUUUGUUCUACAAAAGAAAAAUUAUAAUAAUAAAAUGUUGAGAAACUCAACAGUUUUGAAAUUGUA